UUCAAGAUCAUGUUACUAUUGUUUGGCCUGCAAAAUACACAAAUAAUUUGAGCCUAAAACAUAUCCAAAAAAAACAAAAAACAUGGUAGUGCUACAGAAGUUCACUUCUUUUCAUCAAUUCAACAAACACAAAUUAUCUUCUAUUCAAUUUUUCACUUGUCCUAUAAAAUCCAAAAAACAUCAUCUUUCAUUUAAAAUUUCAUGUAAUUAUAGUCAAAAAUUGGUUUUAGAAUUUAAUCCCAAAAUUCCAAUUGAAGAAGCCAUCACCCCACCAAGUUCUUGGUAUACUGAUUCUUGUUUUUACACUCAUGAACUCAAUCAAGUCUUCUUCAAAGGCUGGCAAUCUGUUGGAUACACUGAACAGAUCAAAGAGCCUAGGCAAUAUUUUACUGGAAGAUUGGGGAAUGUCGAGUAUGUUGUAUGUCGAGAUGAUGGUGGAAAAGUACAUGCUUUUCACAAUGUUUGUCGGCAUCAUGCCUCUCUUCUUGCCUCAGGAAGUGGGAAAAGCUCUUGCUUUGUUUGUCCAUACCAUGGGUGGACAUAUGGAUUGGAUGGAGCACUUCUAAAGGCAACACGAAUAACAGGAAUCAAGAACUUCAAAGUGAAUGAGAUGGGACUAAUCCCAAUGAGAGUAGCUGUAUGGGGACCAUUCAUACUUCUCAAUUUCGAAAACGGAGUUUUGCCUGAACAAGAAUCCGAUUUUGACUUGGUUGGAAACGAAUGGUUGGGUAGUUCAUCCCAAAUCUUGGCUGAUGGUGGAGUGGAUGCUUCAUUGAGCUUUUUAUGCAGACGUGAAUACGCCAUUGAGUGUAACUGGAAGGUCUUUUGUGACAACUAUUUGGAUGGUGGUUAUCAUGUACCAUACGCUCAUAAAGGUCUAGCUUCGGGUCUGACACUUGACUCGUACUCAACCACUAUAUUUGAGAAAGUCAGCAUCCAACGAUGUGAAACUGGUAGUGCGGGAAAGGACCAAGAUUUUGAUCGACUUGGAUCAAAAGCUUUAUAUGCAUUCGUGUAUCCCAACUUCAUGAUCAACAGGUACGGUCCUUGGAUGGACACGAAUCUCGUACUGCCUCAAGGGCCUCGGAAAUGUCUAGUGAUAUUCGACUACUUUCUUGAUUCAUCUGUCAAGGGUGAUGAGAGUUUUAUUGCCCAGAGUCUUGAGGAUAGUGAGACAGUACAGAUGGAAGAUAUAAAGUUAUGUGAAGGUGUUCAAAGAGGGCUUGAAUCACCGGCUUACUGCUCUGGCCGCUACGCGCCACAAGUUGAGAAGGCUAUGCAUCAUUUUCACAGCCUUCUAUAUGAAAAUCUUUCAGAUUGAUGUAUAUUGUGAGAUUUCCAGAAAUUUUUCAUGUUAUAUUAACAGCAUUGUACUUUAAAUGGGGUUACGUUAUAGUUGUUUAAUUCCUCAUCA